ACAUGCGCAUAAUGUAACACCAGGGCAACACGAUUAAUCGCUAAAAGAAGAACAAUAACGAAGUAUAAAUCGAAAAUAGUUUUAUUUGCUUUUCAAUAUAUUCACAAUACGAAUUUAGAUGAAAGAAUUUUUAGAAGUUUGAGAAGUGGUGUAAUUAUAUUCAAUUUUGAAAUAUUUUAAAUUCUUUGCAUUGUUUCCUGAAGUCGGUUUGUUUCCCGGCGUCGCGUUAACACGGAAGAUGAAUUAUCAAUACGUUUUGUUAAAACAUUACUCGACAUUAAUCCUAUUUGGUUGUUUAAUACCACUAUCUUGGCAACAUGGAAAUAAUAAUGAUCAACAACAACAAAAACAGGAACACAAUGGAGGGCAUAAAAAUAUGAUGCAUGAUUCAAAACACAUACAAGAUAAGGAACAUAUUAAAGAACACCUAAAAGAACAAAUAAACGUCAAAGAGGAACAGAUGAGUGAUGCAGAUUUACAAUUCCAUUAUUUUAAAGUACACGACAAUGACAAUGAUGACAAAUUAGACGGAAUAGAAUUAGCUAAUGCAAUGGCGCACUAUCAUGACGAAGAAGCUGGAGAAAAGCCUGAAGAUUAUACAGAGGAAGAGCUAGCAAGUAUGGUUGAUCAAAUUCUCGACGAAGAUGAUUUAAAUAAGGAUGGUUAUAUAGAUUACCCAGAAUUCAUUGCAUCACAGCAAAGAGAAGAAACAGAAUCUGAAUAAUUUAUAAAAUCGAAAAAAUAGAUUUUUAUUUUUUGUAAGUUAUCGUAGAAGAAUGCUAGAAG